CAUGACCCACUCUGCCUUCCCUCACCUCUGUAAAUCGCCCAACCUCUGCCACUACCUCACCCCUCAGGCCGCUGAAACUCUUGUUCAUGCCUUCAUCACCUCCAGGCUCGACUAUGCAAACGUCCUGCUUGUCGGCCUUUCCAACUUUCCAACUCCACGUUCCCCGACCCACCCGCCCCACCAAAGGCGGGAGAGCCUUCAGCCACUCUGUUCCCAACUUCUGGAAUUCCUCCCCCAAUCACUCCGCCUCGCCCCCUCCUUAGCCUCCUUCAAGUCCCACUUCAAAACCCUCCUCUUUGACCAUGCCAUCGGUCACCCCCCUUCCCCUCCCUUCCCUUUUCCCCCCCAACCCCAGCUCGAGUC